AUGUCUCUCGCCGAUCUUCCCAAAUCCAACGUCUUCACCAGCAAACUCCCGGCCGACCCAGCCUUUGAAACACCUGAGAUCUCCCACAAGGCUCCGCGGCAAAGCUUAGGCCCACGAAUGGUCAAGGGAGCGCUGUUCACUUAUGUACGGCCGGAGCCGGCAGAAGAGACGGAACUUUUGGGUGUGAGCCCCCGGGCCAUGGCCGAUUUGGGGCUGAAGCCUGGGGAAGAGGAUAGCGCAUUCUUCCAAGCCGUGAUAGCGGGAAACGAGAUUGCUUGGACGGAGGAAGGCGGUGGUGUUUAUCCCUGGGCGCAGUGUUAUGGAGUGGUUCUUGGGCGGGACAGCUUGGCGACGGAGUAUGUCUACCACCCAGUCGCGUCGAGACUUGGGAACAAUAUCCGCGCCAUCAGUCUCUUCGAGACAACCAACCCGCAAACUCGCAAGCGAUAUGAACUCCAACUGAAAGGCGCUGGAAAAACCCCCUAUUCACGCUUCGCUGAUGGCAAAGCUGUUCUCCGAUCCAGUAUCCGAGAGUACAUCGUUUCUGAAGCCCUUAACGCGCUCAAUAUCCCCAGCACCCGUGCACUAUCCUUGACCCUCCUCCCCAAAGCCAAAGUCCUCCGCGAGCGCAUUGAACCCGGCGCCAUCGUCGCCCGCUUCGCUGAGACCUGGCUCCGGAUUGGCACCUUUGAUCUCCUCCGCGCACGCGGCGAACGCGCCCUCAUCCGCCAACUCUCCACCUACAUCGCCGAAGACGUCUUCGGCGGCUGGGACACCCUCCCUGGCGUCAUUCCCUUUGGCGAGAAUCAAAGUCUCCCCAAAGACAUUCAACAAAUUGACAAUCCUUCGCGCGGAGUAGCCCGCGAUGAAAUCCAAAUCAGCAACGACAUCGACGAGAACCGGUUCGCACGCCUAUAUCGCGAGAUUGCCCGACGAAACGCCAAAACGGUUGCCGCAUGGCAAGCAUACGGGUUCAUGAAUGGCGUGCUGAAUACCGACAAUACCUCCAUCUACGGCCUGUCACUUGAUUUUGGCCCAUUCGCAUUCAUGGACAACUUCGACCCGACAUACACGCCCAACCACGACGAUCACAUGCUACGAUAUUCCUACCGGAAUCAACCGAGCAUCAUCUGGUGGAACCUGGUGCGCCUCGGCGAAUCGCUGGGCGAACUAAUCGGCGCAGGCAAACAAGUCGAUGACGAGUCAUUCAUCAAGGACGGAGUCACCGACGAGAAACAAGAAACCGACCUGGUCCAGCGCGCGGAGAAAAUCAUCGAACGCACCGGUGAAGAAUUUCGCGCCGUCUUUCUACAUGAAUACAAACGACUCAUGACGCAGCGCCUGGGUCUCAAAACGCAACACGAGUCCGAUUUCCAAACGCUAUACUCUGACCUUCUGGAUACCAUGGAGGCCCUGGAACUCGACUUCAAUCACUUCUUCCGCCGCUUGUCGAAUCUGACGCUGUCGGAUGUGGAAAGUGAGGAAAAGCGGUUAGCUGCUGCGGCAAGAUUCGCCCAUGCCGAAGGCUUCGGUGGAAUUGGAACAACCGAGGAAUCGGCCAAGUCACGGAUUGCAAAAUGGCUAGACGCUUGGCGGGCUCGUGUCGUUGGAGAUUGGGGAACCGGUGAGAGUCAAGAUCAAGAGAGACAAGCAGCCAUGAAAGCUGUCAAUCCCAACUUUAUUCCACGAGGUUGGAUUCUAGACGAAGUGAUUGACCGAGUCGAGAAAAAAGGCGAUCGCAAGAUCCUCGGACGAGUCAUGCAGAUGGCGCUGGACCCGUUCAACGAGGAAUGGGGUCUCGACAAGGCUGAAGAGGAAAGAUUCUGCGGCGAUGUCCCCAAGUACAAGAGGGCGAUGAUGUGUAGCUGCAGCUCUUAG